AUGACAGCAACAAGACAUCUCACAACGUCACCGAGGUCGUUCCACAGAUUCGCCGACCUUCCCGCUGAACUCCGUCUCAAAAUAUGGGAAGACGCAUCGACAGGACCCUCAAUGCACGUCUUCGACGUCUGCUUCCCAUCCUGGCGCGGCGCGGAACGCAGCAAACGCACGUUCCAAGACGUUGACGGCCACAUGUCGGAAGCGAAUCAGGCGCGCUGGAGCAAAUACAGCCAGUGCGUCUUCCUCGAUGCCUUAGAGGCUGGACCAGCAGAGCUGGCGCGCUCCACGCGCGUCGCGAGACAUGCGUACGACCCGAGCGUGUAUAAGCAACGGCGCGCGCAGCAGUUGACGUCCGCCGAAGCCUCGGGAGCGACUACAAAGCCGGGGAAGGACGUCAAUACCGUGUGUCUGCCUGGACGGAACGAGAAGAUCGUGUACGACAAUGAGGAGGACGUGAUUUUCCUGAGGUUCAGAGACGGCGGCGCGGUGACGGAGCUAUCGCAGGGAGUGCUGUUUGGGGAGUAUGAUGCCUCUGGGGCGAACAGUCUGAGCGAGGUGCUCGAGGGGCCGUGGAGCGCGGAGAUGGCGGCGACGUUGCACGGUGGGAGGAAGAUUGCGCUGGACGUUGCUGAGACGUGGACGAAGGAGACUGUUGGGGCGGUCUUGUUGGAGGAGGUUGCGUAUCUGGGGUGCUGGGCUGCGGGUGUUGUAUCUGGUUGA